GUGAGCUGCAAACAGACAAAUAGCAGUCGCUACUGUGUGGAAAAAAAAGGAAUGGAGUGAGUGAAUGAGAGCAAGCGAGGACGAGUAACUGGAAGGUGAGCCGUGAGAAGGACAGUCAGCGUCAGCGGGGCUGAAGAGGAGAUCCUAAACUGCCUCCUACCUUGGAUAUGAAACUGAUAUAUGAACUUUCCAAUGUGUUUCUGUGUUGACGUGGAUGGUUUUACCACCUAGCUGGACAUGAACACUUUGUCCAAGGCAACAGUGAGCUAUGUUAUUCUUAUGAGUUAAGGUAUUUCCAGAAACGGAAACAGAACUUGUUGGCCUGUUUGGUCUGUACAGUCAUCAGCUCCAUGCAAAGAUUUCACAAGAGCUGAGUUUUAAAAUAGGCCUAUACUAAAUCCUGGAAAAUGAAACAUCAUGGGUUCUCUUUGCAGAUACAACUUGCACAAAGCUAUAUGGAAAUUAUUGAGAAACUACAAGAAAUAGUUGUGUUUAACUGACUAUUUAUUUUUAACUUAAACCAGAACAAAGUUGCCAAAGUCCAGCCGGCUCUUCCUGCAGGACUCACAGGUUUGGAUUUUAGAAAACUACUUAACUAAAUGAUUAUUUAAUUGAACAAAGCAGAAAGACCAGACACAGGAAGUGGAACUGCCUCUAACAUUUUAAUGAUGGAGAGAAACUAAAGUGCUGACACAGUGAACCCGCCGAUCAUCAGCUGAUGGAGAGGAAGGAGGAGGUGAAGUGUAGCGGAGAGGCCAUGUCUCUGCCGGCCAGCCUGAGCUGGUUGCAGGGCGCCGGGGGAGCAGAGGGGGAGGCAGCACUGGCCACGCUGGAGAAACAGCUGAUCUGUCCUAUCUGUCUAGAGCUGUUCAACAAACCGGUGGUCAUCCUGCCCUGCCAGCACAACUUGUGCAGAAAGUGUGCCAACGAGCUCUACCAGCCCUCCCUGUUCCAGGCCCGCACCACCAUGCAGGUGAACAGUGGGCGUUUCCGCUGUCCGUCCUGCAGACAUGAGGUGGUGCUGGACCGCCACGGUGUCUACGGCCUGCCGCGGAACCUGCUAGUUGAGAACAUCAUCGACGUCUACAAACAGGAAGUCCGCAACAACAGCAACGCCACAAGCCCCCGCCCUCUUCCUCCACCUUCUGUUCAGCUAACGUGUUCAGACCAUGAGGGCGAGAAGGUGAACAUCUACUGCCUCACCUGUCAGCGUCCUACAUGUUCUCUCUGUAAAGUGUUUGGGGCUCAUCACGCCUGCCAGGUGGCCCCUCUGACAGACAUCUGGCACCAGCAGAAGGAUGAGCUGAAUGAAGCAGUCAGCUCUCUGGCGGCGGUUAACGACAAAGUCCAGACUUUGAUAAAUGAGCUGGAGGAGACGUGCAGAAACGUGGAGGAGAACUGUAAGACCCAGAAACAAAGUGUGGGUGAGAAGUUCAAUCGAGUGUUUUCCAUCCUGGAGGAGAGACAGAAGGCGAUGAUGCAGCGAAUCAGCACUGAGCAGGAAGAGAAGACAGGCCACGCCCAGGAGCUGAUGCGUUGCUAUGGAGACAGCGUGGAGGCCAACAGCAAACUAGUGGAGCGAGCAGUGAGCAGCAUGGAGGAGCCCGACAUGGCUGCUUUUGUUCAGAAUUCCAAAGAGCUGAUCACAGAAGUGAUAGCAGCAAGCUCCUGUCCAGGUGAGACUCUUAAACCAGGCUGUGAGAGUUUGAGCCACUACAGAUUUGACUUCAGCAGACAGGAGAAAGCUCUGAAGAGCAUUGACUUCCUCAAAGUUGUGGAAGAGGUUCCUGAAGAAGCAGAGGUUGAAGAGGAGCCAGAGGGACCCAAAGAGGACUCUGUCCAGAACGUGGAACCAGAACAGCAUCAGGAAACCUCGGCCCAGAACCUGGACCCUGGUGUAGAAGCAGUUUUAGAGCUAGUAUCCCCACCAGAGGAACUGGCUGCAGUGACACUCCCGGUGAGUUACACUGUGGAGCCUGCAGCUGCGCUUCUGCAGCCAGAGACUGACGACCUGGAUGUGGCUGAUGGAGGAUCUGGUCUGUUGAACUGGGGUGUUGGACUGGGGAUGGAAAUGGGACUGAGUACCCAAAAAGAUGCUAGAAAGAAUAGCUGCGGAUGCGGGGAAGAGCCCAUAGAGAAUGCCUGUCUACAGGGCCCAGAAUUCUGUGCCGCGCCCCUGCUGAUGAAGAAAGAGGAGGCGGAGAAAGAGGAGGCGGAGGGACAUGCAGCUCCUGAUCCUGUUAAAGAGGGAAACGUCUGUGAAGAGCACGAGGGAAUGAGCACAGUACAGGCUGUCACUCUGCUCUUCUACCUGUUGGCCUUCCUGGUCAUCCUGCAGAGGGUUUGGGCUUACAUCGGCUGCUUCAUUAGCACAUAACCCCAGCAGGAGACACAUCCACCCUCACUGCUGCACAGUUCAGCUGGAGACUGAGACAAAGAGUCCAGCUCGGACCGGUCCUCCUCCCUCCUCCUCUUCCUCGUCUUUCACCCUCUGCGAGGUUCCUCAUCGACCCAGUUUCUGCUUCUCCUGGCUGAACUCUGUCCACAAGAAGUAGAGGAAAGAGAGAAGAGAAGAUGUUUUGUUGAGGAGAGAAAACCGAAAAGAUGCACUCCAGAGUCCGAUUUGUUACCCCCAGCGCUAUCCUGAGACUGAAAACAUACGUGCACUUGGAUUCAACUUACAGCAGUUUUAUCAACAGGCUCUGUUGUGUUCUGAAUAUUCAUCCAGUUUAAAACAAAUUAGGACAAGAUAGGAAUAGAUCUGUGUGCCUGAAGGGGAAAACACUGACUCUGUUGUGCUCUUAUUUUGAAACUGUAUUGAGAAGAAGCUGUUGCCCUUCACAGCAGAACAGGUUUUUAAGACAUAGUGUCGAGGAAAUAGUGUAAGUAUUGUAUCAUUGUGCUGGCUAUAGUUGUGGUAGUACCAGUAGUCAGUGGUGGAACUUAUCUAAGUAGGCCCAUAAUUACUCGAGUACUGUACUUGAGUACAAUUUAUUGCUCCUUUAUACUCU